AUGACUGUUUUGUUUGUGUUUUUGGAUCGAUCAAAGCCAGGAAUGCAGUGUUGUGCUGUGGUCCUUGGUUUAUCGGAGGUAAUAUUAUUGGGCUGGAUAGAUGGAUGCCGAGCUUCUCCCCGGAGUCGAUGGAAGGAUUAUCCUCUCCGAUCUGGAUUCGUCUUCCAAAUCUUCCUCUCCAGUAUUGGGAUGAUUGUAAUAUCGCCAGAGUUGCCUCAAAGAUUAGCGUGCCUCUGUGGAACGAUGCACAGACGGGGAAUUGGGGUAGAAGAGAAUACGCCCGGGGGUGCUCGGAAGAAACAAAUUGGGCAUUACUUGCGGAGCCUUAUGGGGAACAAUGAGGUUUGUUUUAUUGGAUUAGUUGAAACCAUGGUUGAGAACUUUGGUCGGAAGGAUGUUAAUAGGUUGGUUGGUGGAGAUUGGGAUUAUCUUCAUUGUCCAGCUGUUGGUAAUUCAGGUGGAUUGCUUUCCCUGUGGAAGAAGGAUGUUAUGAAAUUUGAGAUCAUGGCUACUGAUGAGAAAGUGUUGAUUGGUAAGGUGAUGUUACCUAACCUACAGGAAUGGAUUGUGGCAGUGGUGUAUGCCAAGAAGGACUACCAUGCGCGUCGUAGUCUUUGGAAUGUGGUUGGCAACUUUAUUAAUGAGAACCUCCCAGUGAUUGUGGGAGGGGAAUUUAACUGUUGCUUGGAUCAGAGUGAAAAGAAGGGUGGACAUAGAUACAAGUACACUGUGGGAGCUAAAGAGAUGUCUGAUUUUCUAGUUGAUAAUGACCUGCAUGAUCUGGGAUUUUUGGGGCUGAGAUACACCUGGUCUAAUAAUAAGACUGGGAAUAACAAAAUCUGGGUCAGGCUUGAUAGAAUCUUGAUGAAUUCGGAGGGUCUUCGACUUGCUCCUCUGGCUACUGUUAAGCAUCUAAUUAGACUGGCAUCUGACCACUGUCCGUUGCUUCUUUGUUUAGCUCCUACAUUGCAGAAACCUGAAGGUAGAUGGCUCAGAUUUGAAGACAUUUGGAUGACAUUUUCGGUUACUUGGAAGAUUGUGUGGAAGAAUUGGACAAAGCAAGAUUAUGGGCAUCCUGCGGAUGUAUUGAACAGGAAAUGUCACAGAACUUUGAGGGCUCUAUUUUUUUGGAGCCGUAACCGGUUGAAGGAAUUGGGAGAGCUCAAGAAUUUGCUUGAGGCACGCAUGGAGGAGCUUCAGGUUAUUGAAAGGAGUGCAAGGGGGCUCACUGAAGAACAGGAACAGGAGAUGAGGAGGAAGGCAGUUGAAUUGAAAUCUACUUUGGCGCCUAUUGCUACUUGGUGGAGACAGCGGGCCAAAACUAGGUGGAUUGAGGAAGGUGAUGCUAAUUCACAUUUCUUCCAUGCUACAACAUCAGCGCGUAGGUGUGGCAACAGGAUUGGGGAAGUUCUGAAUUCAAAUGGGGAACGUGUUGCUGAACCGAAAGCUAUUCUAGAAGAAUUUAUGAACUUCUUUAUGAGCAAAUGGAGAGACAGACAAGUUUGCUUGGAGGUUGCCAUCACAGAGCAAGAGAUCCAGAAAGCUGUAUUCUAUAUGGAGAAGAAUAGAGCACCGAGAGUUGAUGAAAGCUGGAAUGAUGGAACUCAAGGUGGAUAUGGAGCAGUAUACGAUUGUAUGUCAUGGGAGACUUUGCAAGCUGUGAUGAAGUGUAUAGGGUUUUCGGAGAGAUUCACUCAGUGGGUGAUGCAAUGUGUUGUCAAUCCCAGGUUUUCCCUUAUUAUGAAUGGGAAUAGAACUCCAUGGAUCUAUGCUAGGAGUGGACUAAGAAAGGGGUGCCCCUUAUCGCCGUAUUUAUUCAUAUUAUGCUCUGAGCUUCUGACGAAAGCUUUGAGGCAGAGGGGAGGACAUCUUGGGAUCCAGGUGACCAAGAAUGCUGAGAAGAUUUUUCAUCUGCUUUAUGCAGAUGACAUCUUAGCAUUUGCAGAGGCUUGCUGGGGCAGCGCCAAUCAGAUUAUGAAUAUCUUGAAUGAUUAUUGCUCGUGGACUGAACAAAAAAUAAACUGUGGGAAGUCUGCUAUAUUGUUCAAUAGGAGAUGUCAGAGCUGGAAGAAAAGAAUGAUUUCUAAGUUGAUGGGGUUUCAUAAAGUGAAUUCAUUGGAGUACCUUGGAUUGCCCCUGGUUAUGAGGAGAUUAGUUGCAAACGGCUUUGCGAAAGUCUUGAAGAUUGCUCAUGAGAAAACCAACCUGUGGGGGAAGAAGCACCUGUCGAUGGCAGGGAGAGCUCUCCUUAUUAGAACAUCGCUGUUAGCUGUCCCUAUGUACUUAAUGACUCAUACUACGGUUCCUAUGGGGGUUCUCAGCAAGGUGGAAAGAAUGUGUAGGAGGUUCUUAUGGCAAAAGGAUGUCAAUAGCAGACGGAUGCAUUAUGUUGCAUGGAAUGAGCUGUGUCAACCUAGGGAGCAUGGGGGACUUGGAUUUCACUGUCUUGCUUUAUGGCAGAGUUCCCUGAGAGCACGUUUGGCGUGGGAGGUUCUGCAAAAUGACAAUUCUCUAUUGAGAAAGGUUGUCUUACCAAAAUAUGGGGCUAAUAUUUGGUGUUACAAGAAGGGUAGAAAUGUGUCUAUAUCCUGGAAGGUGAUUCUUGAUGGUGCUACGACCCUUCGUCCCAUUCUCAGGUGGAAAAUUGGAGAUGGCCACCAGGUGGAUGUGCUGAAUGAUGAGUGGAUCUUGGAUAGGAACAUUUCUCGGUGGCCUACCUUUGUGAAUGUGGCUGAGCUUGAGGAUGCUAAUGUAAGUAAAUUGUUAGACAGUUCUUUACAGUGGAAUAGGGAUAUGGUGGAGAAUUGCUUUGGGAAAGUCAUGGGACAACGUAUCAUGGAGAUUAAUACGAAUAAUGAGAAUGGAUGUGAUUGUCCUGUACUCCUCUAUUCACGGGUUGGGAAGUUUUUGGCUGCAAUGGCUUAUUGUGAGAAGAUUGAUAUGGAGGCUUACCAAUUUCAUUGGUUACAUAGACUGAAGCUGCAUCAUAAGGAAAAUUUUUUCUGGUGGAGAUUGCUGAGAAAUGCCAUUCCAACGGCGAAGUGGUUGUUUUGUAGGGGACUUGCUGAAUCCCCACUGUGCUCGUGGGGAUGUAAUGAGGAGGAGACUAUUGACCACUGCACUACGAGGUGUGUUAAACUGAAACAGGUUUUCUGCACUCUUGAGAAAUGGGGAUUUCGUAUGCCAGUGGUUAAUUCUUUAUUGGAGUUAAUGAGGGAGAUCUUUAACACGAUUGAUAAGAAUCUGUGUAUGGGCAGAUUGUACUGCUAUGUUGUUUAUCAACUAUGGCGUGCAAGAAAUUACUUGAAGCAUACCAGAACUCGUUGA